CAAAUUCCGUUAACGUUUAAAAAGUGGCGAUAAACAGAUCACAGGAAAUAUCCUUCAGCCGGCACGUGCUUGCCCGCCUAAAAGCAAUAGAGGACGACGCUUCCGCACGCAUUUUCGCCUGGGUCGCUGAUUUUCGAUACAUCCGUCUCCUUCGUCGAUUUUCUAACCGGAAUUACACUGAUCUCUUCUGUAAUGGCCUCCAAUGCCAAUCCGGAUCGCACCUCCGGCGCUACGGCCAAGCCUCUUCUUCUGCCGGAGAUAGGUCCCGAUGGCAUCGCCAGAGAAUCCCCUGUCAUCGCUUACACUGAAAAGAUAAUUGAGGCAGAGCAGCUUCAAUUAAGGAAAUAUAUUGAAGAAAACUAUUCUAAGAUCCGUGAUGUUGAACGUGAAUUGUCAAAUCUUAGUAUGGAGAUGAAACUCACAGCUGGGCCCAAGAAAGCUGCGCUUGAACACAUGAGAAGGAAAAUAGAAUUGGCAACUGAGCGAAUUCAAGCUGCUAAGCUGAAGGAAGAACAAGCACGGAAGGCUUGGGAAGUAGCAACAAAGGCUGUAAAGGAUGAGGAAGCUAUAAAGCAGAAGCUUUGUGAAGAUCUAAAUAAUCUGGUUCAAGAAAGUAAUAACAUCCAGUUUGCUAGACUGGAGGAGCUAAAGAGGCGGUUAGAGGCUUUAAAUCCAAGCAGAGCAUCCACCUCAAUCCCCUACGACCAGAAUACAGCUGGAACUCCACAGAUCAGUGUGACUCAAGAUUCUUCUGUGGUUCCUAAUUCACUUCAAUCAUCUAGUGAAUCAUCUACAAAUACGCCCAAGGAAGGAAGUUCUGGAAAUGUUACCUCCACAAACAGCCACAACCAACAACAGCCUUCAAAUGACAAUGAUGGAAGAGCAAAGAGGAAAACCAUUGUCCAUGGAAGAGGAAGAGGGAUUGGGGCAGUAACUAAGAGUAAAAAUUCAGCAGCGCCUGGUUGGACUGGCGCUGGGUUUGAAUGAGGUAUACUUGUUCAGUCCAAAGUAUACAAUUCUAUGAAUCCUGGAACUAGUUACAAAAUUGUGAUUGUUCAACAUAUCCAAAGUCUUCUUGUAUUUGAAUUAUAAAGGGAUUACAUAAAAAAUUCAGUUGAAUGGAGGAUUUUAUCAAUUUGUUCCAUCAA